AUGAAUCGGCUUUUGAAGAUGAAAUCAAUCUCUACAAUUUGUCUCUUUGUCGUUCUCCCAAUCGUCUCCACUCAAUCAAACACCACAGCAGCUCCCGAUUGUCAAGGAUGUCAAGCCUAUCAAUGUCUCGACGAUUCCAUCGCUCACUGUGGCCCGACUGGAUAUCCGAUCGCUUUUGGACUGUUCUAUUGUAAAAGAUUCGAUCAGUAUUACGACGAGUUCAACAGUGCUGGAAAAGCUUUUGCCGAUUGUGUGAAGCCAGCGUUGCUCGAUUUUGUCCAAAGUUAUCUCAAUAAUGUGAAUGGUCCAGUGAACUGCAAUGACUUGGAGAAUAAAGCUUUGGACAGUCAUGUUCCGAUCUUUUUGGGAUGCAACUUUUGCAAUGUUUGGCUCUCGAAUUUACCCACUUUCACGAAAAUCCUCUAUACCGCUUUAAAUCAAGACCGAUGUUGGCUUGGAGCACAACGAAGUUCAGCUGAUAAACCAUGGAGUUGGUCAGAUGGGACUACAAUGGAUUAUCAACGUUUUGGAACACCAGACGAGAAAGGUAAUUGUGCUUUUCUUGAUUCUCGAGAUUUAUUGUGGAAAGAAGGAGAUUGCACAUCGAAAUUCUUCUUUUUCUGCUCUACUCAACCACUUUCUCCAAUAACAACACAAAAGCCAUUGAUCUGCCAGCCAUCUGAACUCCAACCUCUCUACAAUUGUCGACAGGGUUUAUGUUGCAAAGCUGGCUGUCAUCAAUCUUCACAUGAUGGUCACUUUUAUGCACUUUAUCUGACAGGAGGCCAUCGGCUAGAGGAUAACGGAGAACUGAUUUGGACUGAUGGAACAACAAACGACUUUCAAAUGAAACAAUGUUCAAAUGAUACGAGGCUUAAUUCGACAAUUAUGAUUGUCGCCUUUUCUUGUAAUCCGGGAAAUGAUUGCGGUUUCCCAGGUAUUUGGUGGAUCUAUCGACUCAUCCCCACCGACAUUAUACCGUAUUUUGUAUGCAAGAAAAAG